AUGAUUGGAAAAUUUUUUUCUGAAAGAAGAGAGAAAACGAAGCACGACUUGGUUUUUACGGUUGUAAAUUGUGACCGAAGUAUGGAUGAUCUGCCAAGCUGUUUAACGUUGCGUAACAUCGAGUCAAAGAAGGACCAGGAAGACAGGAAAAAUGGAACAACUUCGGAGGAACGUUUCGCAAGGAAUGCGCUUCCUAGAGAAGUUAUUUCACCGGUCCUUUGGCCGAGAUUGAGUAAAAACAAGAAAGAUUUCAGACCUGAGAUACAAAUAGAAGGGACUUCUUUAAAUUACCAAAGUGCGCCUCUAGCGGCAGAUGAGAAAGAUGUGAAGGAACCUUGUUUAAUUUCCAGUCUUGAAGAGCAAUCUGAUGGUUUAAGGAAGGACGAGAGUUCCGCCGAUGGCAGUGCUGAGAAAAGUGAAGAGCGAAGCCCAAGAGGAACACCUGAAAGCAUGAAUUCAUCAGGCGAGGUACAGAGCCAAGAUAUUGACUUGAAUAUUUUAGAGUCUCGGAGGAGCCUUAAUCCCAGUCCUUGGAAGGAAAUCUGGUCUGUUUUACACGAUAAACGUUUGGCAAAUUGUCUGCUUUCUACCAAAAGUGUAGAGUUUGCACGCGAUAUUUCUGGAACACCAUCUUCAACCAGGACAAUUCCUCACAUAAAAACCAGGAGGGAAAAACCUCAAAGGAUACCGCCGCUUUACAACUUGAGGAAAAAUGUUCCGACAACUAAAGAAAAAGCGAAAGUUCCUUCGUUUGAUGACGCGUUCACGGCAUUCAAUACCUUUUGCAAAGGAGGGCAAGAUACUGGUGUUGCUUUUGAUAUUUGCCCAGAAUAUGUUAAAUUAAAGGAUUUGAAGGACCAUGGUGUACAAAGCGAAGGAGUUCGACAUGGAGGUCGUACAUGCAAAACCAACGAAUGUAAAGGCACCAAGGCCGAGGUAUUUGGUUUACCUAACAUCGCGUGCCCUCCAAGUGAUCGCUAUAAGAGCAAGUUUCGCGUAAGACUACUUCCCCUUGUUACAAAGAGCGAUUCACUGCCGAAUCUGACUUCAAAGUCUACUUCGGUGCCUUCGGAACUCAUCGUGACUACCCCGAUACACAACGCCAGGUCAAGCGAGAACAUUUCAGAUGACCUUGCGAGGAAUGCGGAAAGGCGAAAUGACUCAGUUGAGGAAAACCACACCACAAACGUCUGCAGGCAAAAUCGCUCUAUGUCGCUCGAUUCCGUUUUCUCUUUAGAAUCUUUUCAGGCUUACCAUGCUGGUAAAAGCGCCGGCGGAAAAAUAAACGUUCAAGGAUUUAAAGUCUUGCCGGAAAUAAAGCGGACCUCGCCAAAAAAGUACCAACAAACUUUGAAACAAAGUGAUAAAGAAGUUUCUAAUAUUUCUAGACAAUCGACUGUUAUAACACUCCCUUGGAAAUGUAACUAAGAUUUUAAUAAUGAUUAGUUUUACUCAGUUUAUUGAGUAGUUAUAUUCAUCCUGCAUGAAUUACUGCAAUCAAUGAUCAUACCCAAGAGAGCACCGCGAACGUAAAUGAGGUCACUUUUAUGUAUACAUUUUUUUAUUAUUUUGUUGGCUAUGACUCGCGAGCCUCGCGUCUUCCCGCGAUGGCCUCGCGAGUAGCGUGCAUUCGCGCUUUUACCGUUCUCUUUCUCUCUCUUGCCAACUUUAAGGACAAAAGCACGAGUAUUUUCAUUUCCUAUGUCUUCUUCUUGUGUGCUAUCUCCUUUUCAUUAGUGACGUAUUCUUUUCAUAACUUACUAAUGAUUUGAAGUGUAAAUUACCAGUAAGCGUACACCGAAAACCACACGAUUGAAGUAAGGUAGAAAGAGAAACUUUGAUUGUCAUAUGCCAAAGAUCUAAAAAUCGUUACCCUCAAUAAUAAUGAAAAGAUUUUUUAAAUUGUAUUUCAUACCUACCCCAAAAGAAAAACGAGUUUUUAGGGGAAUUACUUUUUUGAAUAUUCAUGAAAUGGUUUGUACAAUACAAAUAGUACCUGUUAAAACUUUUCCUCUCCCAGAUAUACUUUCCUCUGAUAAAUCAAUUCUCUUAAUUCCAGUGUAAAACACCAACCUAAAAUAUGGUCCUUCUAUAAAGGUUUAACAGUCGUGUUUUUUUUUUCUGCAAAAAUAUUGCUUGAGCAAAUUGAUUUUUCUUUGUUUAUGAAAAAACAGACGUUUAAAUCUUGUGGCAGGUGUGUUGAAAUCCAUGAGAGAAUGAAUAAAUUAACGAUUCAAUUUAAAAACGAAAUUUGGUAUUUUCCAAGUGACAAUUCAUCUCGAUAAAUUUGAGUCACUGGCUCUCGUUGAACUUACAUUUCUAAACUUUUCUACUCUGGUCUAUAACAAGAAACAAGAGAAUGAGCAAGACCCAGCGAAGUCAAGCUGAUUUGAUGCCCAGUCUCUUCAACAUUCAUAGUAAACAAAUCCAAGAGGGAAAGUUUCUGUACUCUAACGACGUGAAAAGCGUCCGAGACCUGUUUAUCUAUAGUGAAAAACAUUGCGAGGCAAAAUCAUUCGGUAAAAUGGAGGUUUGGAUUAACGAAAAAAGCAAAAAAUCGCGGCCUGUUAGAGGAGGAUUUCAACAGUCUGGCAGUUUCCUUGGUCGUUUAAGGGCUGAGACUUCGAAUGAUGUUACUUACGAGUUUGUUGCUUCGCCUGAGUUUAAACCGGGAAGUUACUUUUUGCUGCCGGAAAAUCAACCUAGUUUUGACUAUAAUGCGUCACGUAUUGACCGAUGUGUUCCAUCGCAUUCUUACAUUAAGCCUAACAACCGAUUAUGCAAAGACAAUUUUAUGCGGAAAGAGUUUUGCGAAGUGGUUGGGAAGGAACUCUGUCUGAAUUGUAAUAGUGGCCGUCUGCGAGAGAAGUUUAAUCGCAAAAUCAGUUCCUUAUAUCCAUGUCUUGAAUAUGAUAAGGAUAAAAGGCCUUAUGGAUACUGCCCAAGGGCAGUACGUCUGACAGAGCCUUUGCCAUCCAGAAUGGAGAUGUUGCCAAAGGAGGGGCUCAGUUUAACUGGAAGA